CUGGCCAUGCUACUGCCAUCAGUAACGAUUCUCACUGCGCUUCUAGCAAGCGCUGGAGUUGUGGGCAACCCUGUUGCUGCUCCUGGACCAACACCGGCACCGAGUCUAAAAGACACUAUUAUCAGGAGAGCUGCGAAUUGCACCUUCAGUGGUUCGAUCGGGUAUUCGUUGGCAUCGAAGUCGAAGACGUCUUGCUCUACUAUUGUUCUGUCCUCCCUUACGGUUCCCUCAGGAGUUACUCUAAAUCUAGAAAAACUUAAUACUGGGACGAAUGUUAUCUUCCAGGGGACUACUGCAUGGGGGUAUGAGCAAUGGGAAGGACCCCUUUUCUCUGUGAGUGGUAACCAAAUCACCGUAAGAGGUGACCCAGGAUCCAUACUAGAUGGCCAAGGCACUCUCUGGUGGGAUGGUCUAGGGGGAGCAGGCGGCAAGAUCAAACCGAAGUUUUUCAGGGCGAAUGACCUCACCGACUCGAUUUUGGAGGGCAUCACCAUUCGCAACGCACCUAAAAACUCCUUUAGCAUCAACGGCGUCACAAGACUGACAGUCAAAAACAUCACCAUUGACGAUUCGGCCGGUACCUCAAAUGGCAAAAAUACGGACGGAUUCAACAUCAAUAAUUCAGAUCAGGUAUACUUCACCGGGGUAAAGGUGUGGAACCAAGACGACUGCAUGAAUGUCAACUCAGGGACAAACAUCUACUGGACCAACGGCUUUUGCUCCGGAGGCCACGGGCUCUCGAUCGGCUCCGUAGCCAACGGCACAGUCGUACGCAACGUGACCUUCGAAAAUACGAUUAUGGAGAAGCAGCAACAGUCUGUCCGAAUCAAGACCGUUUCUGGAGCUGUUGCUAGCGUGGCGGAUAUCUCCUACAGCGGUAUCACCAUCAAUGGCGGCACAGACUACGGGAUUUUGGUCGACCAGUCGUAUGGAGGUACCAAGCACGAGCCGACGAACGGUGUGACUAUCACGAAUUUCCAGUUGAGAAAUAUCACCGGGUACGUGGAUAGUGGCGCAACCCAGAUUCUCAUCGAGUGUGGCUCAGGGUCUUGCUCAAACUGGUCGUGGUCGAAUGUGAAGUUAACUGGAGGUAAACAGUCGACUACGUGCCUGAAUAAGCCGAGUUCGAUCUCCUGCUAA